AUGUCCGGGUUCGAUGAUGCCGGCAUCUUCUACAGUGACAGCUUCGGGGGUGAACAGCCUGUGGGGGAGGAUGGCCAGGCCAAGAAGUCUCAGCUGAAGAAGAGGUUCAAAGAGUUUCUUCGGCAGUACCGUUAUGGCACCGACCGCACCGGCUUCACGUAUAAAUACAGAGAUGAGCUCAAACGUCACUAUAACUUGGGGGAGUUCUGGAUCGAGGUGGAGAUGGAAGACUUGGCCAGUUUUGAUGAGGACCUUGCUGAUUACCUUUACAAGCAGCCCACAGAGCAUCUUCAACUGUUGGAGGAAGCUGCACAGGAGGUAGCGGAUGAAGUCACCCGUCCUCGGCCUGCCGGUGAAGAAGCCGUCCAGGAUAUUCAGGUCAUGCUGCGUUCUGAUGCUAAUCCUGCCAAUAUUCGAAGUCUUAAGUCGGAACAGAUGUCUCAUCUUGUGAAGAUCCCUGGCAUCAUAAUUGCUGCAACAGCCGUGAGAGCAAAGGCCACGAAAAUCUCUAUCCAGUGCCGGAGUUGCCGAAAUACAAUUAGUAAUAUACCUGUGAGACCUGGCUUGGAGGGAUAUGCCAUGCCUCGCAAGUGUAACACAGAACAAGCUGGUCGCCCCAAGUGUCCCCUUGAUCCUUAUUUCAUCAUACCAGAUAAAUGCAAAUGUGUGGAUUUCCAGACACUGAAACUUCAAGAGUCACCAGACGCCGUACCUCAUGGUGAAUUGCCACGACAUAUGCAGUUGUAUUGCGACAGAUAUCUUUGUGACAAAGUUGUCCCUGGCAACAGAGUGACCAUUAUGGGCAUUUACUCAAUUCGUAAAAGUGGCAAAACCUCUACCAAAGGUCGUGACAGAGUGGGAGUGGGUAUUCGAAGUUCAUAUAUUCGUGUGGUUGGCAUUCAAGUGGAUACAGAAGGCACAGGUCGAAGUGGAGUCGGAGCUGUAACACCUCAGGAAGAGGAAGAGUUCAGACGACUUGCCUCCAGACCUGACAUCUAUGAGACCAUUGCUAAAAGCAUUGCUCCUUCUAUUUAUGGCAGCAGUGACAUCAAGAAGGCCAUUGCAUGUCUACUCUUCGGUGGCUCCCGCAAAAGGCUUCCUGAUGGACUGACUCGUAGAGGAGAUAUUAACUUGCUAAUGCUGGGAGACCCAGGAACUGCGAAGUCUCAGCUUUUGAAGUUUGUAGAAAGAUGUUCUCCUAUAGGGGUUUACACCUCUGGGAAGGGUAGCAGUGCUGCUGGCUUGACAGCUUCUGUGAUGCGGGAUCCUGUGUCUCGUAACUUCAUUAUGGAGGGUGGAGCCAUGGUGCUAGCUGAUGGAGGUGUGGUGUGCAUUGAUGAGUUUGAUAAGAUGCGGGAGGAUGAUAGGGUUGCCAUCCAUGAAGCCAUGGAGCAGCAGACCAUUUCCAUAGCAAAAGCUGGCAUCACCACCACUCUGAACUCUCGCUGUUCAGUACUUGCUGCUGCUAACUCAGUAUAUGGCCGGUGGGAUGAUACAAAGGGUGAAGAAAACAUUGACUUCAUGCCCACCAUUCUCUCAAGGUUCGAUAUGAUCUUCAUUGUGAAGGAUGAACAUAAUGAACAGAGGGAUAUGACUCUGGCCAAGCAUGUAAUGAAUGUCCAUCUCAGUGCACGAACACAGACACAGGCUGUCGAUGGAGAGGUGGAUUUGAAUACACUGAAGAAAUACAUUGCUUAUUGCAGAACUAAGUGCGGACCACGAAUGUCAGUUGAAGCAGCUGAUAAGUUAAAAAAUCGAUACGUACUAAUGCGCAGCGGUGCUCGCGAACAUGAGCGGGAGAGAGCGAGAAGAGAUCCAGCAUCCCUAUUACUGUCAGACAAUUGGAAGCCAUUGUCCGGAUUUCAGAAGCACUCAGUAAGAUGA